CAAUGACAUAUCUGCAACCUGGUGAAUCCUAUUCAUUCGACAUACCAUACAACUACAUCAGACGAUCUUACCACGCAACCUUGCUACAAACAAAUGAUACGAAUGGAUUUCGAAUCGUGUUCCAAUAUUUCUCUCUCGGUUAUAGUGAUGAAAUCCAAAUUGGGACAGGUACUGAUCCAUCUGAUCUACAGUCUGUCACCACAACUAUCAAUGGAUCUAGAUACCACGCUGAUGUCUACGUAGUUACCAAUGAGAUGUGGAUGGCUGCCAUAGGAGGACCGGAUUACGCCUAUUAUUACAUUAAUGCGAACAUCGUUGCUAUCGACCUUUCAACCCUGUUUAAUUGCCCAGUGAGCAAUAAGAAAGUGUUAUCAGAUGUCCUGUGUGAUGGAGUGUACCAUUGCGAUCACUAUGAAGAUGAAUCAGCAUGCAAUUAUUCAAUGACAUAUCUGCAACCUGGUGAAUCCUAUUCAUUCGACAUACCAUACUACAACAUCAGACGAUUUUACAACGCAACCUUGCUUCAAACAAAUGAAACAAAUGGAUUUCGAAUCGUGUUGCAAGAUUUAUAUAUCGGUUAUAGUGAUGAAAUCAAAAUAGGGACAGGUACUGAUCCAUCUGAUCUACAGUCUGUCAUUACAACUAUCUAUGGAUAUAGAUACUACGCUCAUGAUGUCUACGUAGAGACCAACGAGAUGUGGAUGGCUGCCAUAGGAGAACCGGAUCAAAACUAUCGUGGCGCUUAUGCGAACAUCGUUGCUUUCGACCUUUCAACCCUGUUUAAUUGCCCGACGAGCAAUAAGAGCGUGUUAUUAGAUGUUCCGUGUGAUGGAGUGUACCAUUGCGAUCACUAUGAAGAUGAAUCGACAUGCAAUUAUUCAACGACAUAUCUGCAAUCUGGUGAAUCCUAUUCAUUCUACAUAUCAAACAACUACAUCAGACGAUUUUACAACGCAACCUUGCUACAAACAAAUACGAAUGGAUUUCGAAUCGUGUUCCAAUAUCUAUAUAUGGAAUAUGGUGAUGAAAUCCAAAUAGGGACAGGUAGUGAUCCAUCUGAUCUACAGUCUAUCAUCAAAACUAUCUAUGGAUAUUACUACUACGAAUUAUACGAUGAUAUCUACAUAGAGACCAAUGAGAUGUGGAUUGCUGUCGUAGACAGACCAACUUACACUUAUCUCAAUAUUGAUGUGGACAUUUUUGUUUUCGACAUUUCAACAUUGUUUAAUUGCCCAAUGAGCAAUAUGAGCGUGUCAUCAGAUGUUCUGUGUGAUGGAGUGCACCAUUGCGAUCAUUAUGAAGAUGAAUCGGCAUGCAAUUAUUCAACGACAUAUCUGCAAUCUGGUGAAUCCUAUUCAUUCUACAUACCACGCAACUACAUCAGACGAUUUGACCACGCAGACCACGCAAUCUUGCUACAAACAAAUGAUACGAAUGGAUUUCGAAUCGUGUUCCAAUACUAUAUCCGAAAUCAUGAUUAUCAAAUCCAAAUAGGGACAGGUAGUGAUCCAUCUGAUCCACAGUCUAUCAUCACAACUAUCCAUAGACAUAUCUAUGAAUAUUACUACUACGAAUCAUACGAUGAUAUCUACGUAGAGACCAAUGAGAUGUGGAUUGCUGUCGUAGGCAGACCAACUUACACUUAUCUCAAUAUUAAUAUGGACAUCGUUGCUUUUGCCAUUUCAACCCUGUUUAACUGCACAAUGAGCAAUAUGAGCGUGUCAUCAGAUGUUCUGUGUGAUGGAGUGUACCAUUGCGAUCACUAUGAAGAUGAAUCAGCAUGCAAUCAUUCAACGACAUAUCUGCAAUCUGGUCAAUCAUAUUCACUCUACACAUCACACAACCACAUCAGACGAUUUUACAACGUGACCUUGCUUCAAACAAAUGAAACGAAUGGAUUUCGAAUCGUGUUCCAAUAUUUAUAUAUGGUAUAUGGUGAUAAAAUCCAAAUUGGGACAGGUACUGAUCCAUCUGAUUCACAGUCUGUCAUCACAACUAUCUAUGGAUAUAGAGACUACGCUGAUGAUGUCUACGUAGAGACCAAUGAGAUGUGGAUGGCUGUUAUAGGAAGGCCGCAAAACACCUAUCUUGACAUUAGUGCAAACAUCGUUGCUUUCGACCUUUCAACCCUGUUUAAUUGCUCAAUGAGCAAUAUGAGCGUGUCAUCAGAUGUUCUGUGUGAUGGAGUGUACCAUUGCGAUCACUAUGAAGAUGAAUCAGCUUGCAAUUUCCAGGAGGUGCUGCCUAUGGAAGAUAAUACACGCAGCACCCCCGUUUCCCAGGUCCAUGAAACGAACUGCCAAACAUAA